AUGUUCGGAAAUGAGACAAGGAUAACAAAUAUCAUCCUGCUGGGAUUUGGAGACAUGACUGACUUUCAAAUUCUUCUUUUCCUGAUAUUUCUACUGAUUUACAUUGUGGCCAUAACUGGAAACGUUCUCAUGUUUAUUCUUGUCAUUUUUGAUCAGCACCUUCACACGCCCAUGUAUUUCUUUCUGGGGAACAUUUCCUUUUUGGAAGUUUGCUAUACCUCUGAUAUAUUUCCAAGGAUGCUUCUGUCUUUCCUAACUGGGAACAGAAUUCUUUCUUUCAGCAGCUGCCUCACCCAGUGGUAUGUCUGUGCUUCUUUGAUAGUUACAGAAUGUUGUUUACUGUGUGUGAUGUCUUAUGAUAGAUAUCUGGCAGUCUGCAAACCACUACACUAUGCAACAAUGAUGAAGACCCAAACUUGUGUCCAGUUAGCAGCAACAUCUUGGAUUAAUGGAUUUUCAGUUUUUUUGAUAUUACUCAUUCUAAUAUUGCAGUUAAAUUUUUGUGGCCCUAAUGAAAUAGAUCAUUACUUUUGUGACUAUGCCCCAAUCCUAAAGCUCUCUUGCAGUGACACCAGAAUGAUGAAACAGCUGAGUUAUGUUGUUGCUGCCAUGUUUACACUCUCUCCAUUCCUACUAAACUUGAUAUCCUAUGUAUAUAUUAUAGCUGCCAUAUUGAAAAUUCCCUCCACUACUGGGAGAAAAAAAGCCUUUUCUACCUGUUCCUCUCACUUGACUUUGGUGACUCUUUUCUAUGGGUCUAUAAUAAUUGUGUAUAUGCUUCCAAAGACUGAAGGAAAGAGAGAGAUGGGGAAAUUCUCUUCUCUUCUGUAUGUAGUGUUACCCCCUCUGCUUAAUCCCUUCAUAUACAGCCUGAGAAACAAAGAAGUCAAAGAAGCUUUGAGAAAAUGCCUUAAAAAAAAGGGAGGGCCCCUUCCAAGGGGAAGCAGCCUGUUAAACAGCCUGUGCCUAGGCAGCCUCCAGCCCUUUCCUCCUCGGACAAGGAUGAUAGUUGUCUAA